ACUACUCAAUAAGAAACUAAACUGGUGAGCGAUUGUACAGUGAUCUUUCUGUAGAAAGACUACAGAAAAUGUCCUUGCAGUUCUUGUGUGUUGUAUAAUUAGCGUACUAACCCCUGUUCGCCGCAUGAUCCUAAUCGCAGUAAUGUGGCUGUUUUUAACUCUCUCAUAUCUCUACAUCAUGGUGUUACUGUUUGCCUCAGGGGCUGUUUUCAGCGCCAGGUCCCUGCCAGGUGGUUGUUAUGCUACUGAAUGAUCUGAAGUAGGUUGAUGUGAGGGAAUGCAGGACUGGAGAGCAUGGUGAGUGCUGGUGGCGAUGAGCACUUCCAGACCUCACUACUUGAGAUAAAACCCAUUAAACAAACUGAUUAUUUAUUUUCCAGUUUACAUCAUGCUGUAUGUAUUAGGGAGCGAUGCCAUCCCCUCCGAAAGUACUGGAACAGCCAGGCCAAUUCUACUCUUUCUGUUAGGAAGACGCUUGGGUUUGGGAUCGAUCCGAAUUUCAGCUUCCGUUUCCUGAUAUUUACAUCGACUGUGGACGUGUUAAACAACUUAGAACACGGCGCGUUUUGUUUGAACCCGAUCAUUUUUCGAGUGAUCAAAAAUACUGGAACAUGUGACUGACAGAUGUUUGUCGCUGCCCAGGUGUGCCCUGUUAAUUACUCUGAACAUCACUGUUGGUUUGAAAACUGGGUUUCACCUGGCUUUGUUGUUAAUAAGGAUAAACCUACAUGAAGACCAGAGAGCUGUCUAUGGGAGAAAAGCAAGCCAUUUCGAAGCUGAGAAAAGAGGGAAAAACUAUCGGAGGUGCUACACAAUUGUUGUGCAUAACCAAUACAAUAAUUUUGGAAUAUCCUGAAAAAGAAAAGAAAAGAAAGAAAACACUAGUGUACUAACAACCAGACAUGGAACGGGUCGGCCGAGGAAAACAACAGCAGUUGAUGACAGAAACAUAGUGAGAGCUGUGAGGAAAACCCCCCAAAACAACAGGAGUUCGUCCGUCCAUUUCGACGAAGACCGAAGUUUCUAUUUCCGCCUCCAUUAUGGAGAACACGAACUGGGACUCGACUUGCGCGUGAAUUGGAUUAAAGUGAGGAAGACUUGCGCAGCAUCGGCCGCACUCUCACUUCCCGGUGACCGGAGUCUACUGUGUGUAGAUAUCCCUGCUGGAAAAACAAACAACAAAAACCAUCACAAAUUCUAAUGGUUUCCACUACAAAUACCAUUACAACCCAUGAGUUAACCAUUAAAAACCAUUACCAUAAUUGGACCUUAAUGGUUAUCCACUAGACAUAACAUGCCACCAGUAGAGACUCACAGGGACCAUUACAGUUCCAAUACAAUUCCCAUUAUAAGCAUUAAAACCAUUACAAAUUCUAUGAAGGUUUCUAUUGGUGGUAUUAGGACAUUUUAAACUUCUAAAAUCGGUGUGCAUGUCUGUCACGGAGAAAGAGAGAGAGAGAGAGAGAGAGAGAGAGAAAAGGGAGGGAAAGAGACAGAGAAGGUAUAGGAGAGAGAGGGGGAAAGAAAGAGAGGGAGAGAAGGUAUAGGAGAGAGAGUAACAGAGAGAGAGAGAGAGAGAGGAGGGAAAGAGAGAAGGAGAGAGAGGAGGGAAAGAGAGUAACAGAGAGGGAGAGAGAGAGAGCAUAACAGAGAGAGACAGAGAGAGAAGGAGAGAGAGGAGGGAAAGAGAGAGAAGGAGAGAGAGGAGGGAAAGAGAGAGUAACAGAGAGAGAGAGAGGAGAGAGGAGCGAGAGAGAGAGAGGAGGGAAAGAGAGUAACAGAGAGGGAGAGAGAGAGCAUAACAGAGAGAAAGAGAGAGAGGGAGAGAGAGGAGGGAAAGAGAGUAACAGAGAGAGAGGGGGGGGAGCGUAGCAGAGAGAGAGAGAGAGAGAGAGAGGAGGGAAAGAGCGUACAGAGAGAGAGAGAGAGAGAGAGAGAGAGGAGGGAAAGAGCGUACAGAGAGAGAGAGAGAGAGAGAGAGAGAGAGAGAGAGAGAGAGAGAGGAGGGAAAGAGCGUACAGAGAGAGAGAGAGAGAGAGAGAGAGAGAGAGAGAGAGAAGGAGCGCGCGGGCGGCUCCAGUAAGUCCGCAGUCUCCUCCCGGCAUCCUCACAAAUCAACCGUCAGCUUCCUCAUCAACUCCCACAUUAUCCGCACUUUUCGGUAUUAAAUCGGAGCCCCAGCGCUUCACACCCCGGAUAUCACAUCUCCUUUUCUCCACGAAAUCCUUUUCCGCCGUGUUUUUCUCCUCCGUUCUUCGACGAAUCUUCGCUCGGUGUGUGUGUGUGAGUGUGUGUGUGUGUGUUUAAUGGAACAUGGCGAUACGGACUCGCUCCUUCAGCGUCGUGUGUUUGUUAACCGUCCAGAUCAUCAUCCUCAUCUUCAGCGUGCCGUGGAGCGGAGUGGAGAGCCUCACCUUCCCGCAGCAUUACACGAUAAUGCACUGGGCUCGGCGGAUAGAGCAGGAGAUCGACCGCGUCCUGCAGCACAUCAGUGGAGCGCAGCAACUUAAAGGGCUGUACGGCGAGAAGAGGAGGCAGUACACCCUCGUCAGGAACAAUCCCAGAGACAUCGUGGAGAAAGUGGCCUCGGACAUCGAGAAGCUGCUGUCCAAAAAGAAGAAGGCUCUGGAGAAACUCGCGGCAGAAGCCGAGAGAGUGCAGACAGCACAUCGAUGGCAGGAUGGCAUCAAGGAGUGGGAGAUCGAGUACUACGACUCCAAGGCAGAGAUGGAUUACGACGGGGAGGAGGUGGAGCCUCAGAUGUCUCUGAAGUUGGAGUUUGUGUACGACCCGAAUUUCAAAAACAACGUGAACUACUCGUACACGGCGGUGCAGAUCCCCACAGACAUCUACAAAGGAGCUCCGGUGAUUCUGAACGAGCUGAACUGGACUCAGGCGUUGGAGAGGGUUUUUAUGGAGAACAGUAGAGAAGACCCCUCGCUGCUCUGGCAGGCAUUCGGCAGCGCCACUGGAGUCACCAGGUAUUAUCCAGCCACGCCGUGGCGAGCACCGGAUAAGAUCGACCUGUACGACGUGCGACGGAGACCCUGGUACAUCCAAGGAGCUUCGUCCCCCAAAGACAUGGUCAUCCUCGUGGACGUGAGUGGCAGUGUGAGUGGUUUAACUCUGAAGCUGAUUAAAGCCUCAGUAAUGGAAAUGUUGGACACACUGUCUGAUGACGAUUACGUUAAUGUGGCACGGUUUAACGAGAAGGCGGAGGCGGUGGUGCCGUGUUUUAAACACUUGGUCCAGGCGAAUGUGAGGAACAAAAAAAUCUUUAAAGAACACGUGUCACAGAUGCAGGCCAAAGGCACGACGGACUACAAAUCAGGAUUCCACUUCGCCUUCAACCAGCUGCUCAAUAAGACGAACGUCCCCAGAGCGAACUGUAAUAAGAUAAUCAUGUUGUUUACGGAUGGCGGUGAGGAUCGCGCUCAGGACAUCUUCGAGCAGUACAACUGGCCCAACAAGACGGUGCGAGUGUUUACGUUCUCAGUGGGGCAGCACAACUACGACGUCACGCCGCUGCAGUGGAUCGCCUGCGCUAACAAAGGUUACUAUUUUGAGAUCCGCUCCAUCUGCGCCAUCAGGAUUAACACCCAGGAGUAUUUGGAUGUGCUUGGUCGCCCCAUGGUCUUGGCUGGGCGAAGUGCCAAGCAGGUUCAGUGGACCAACGUUUAUCAGGACGCCCUGGGUUUGGGAUUGGUGGUGACCGGGACGAUGCCUGUCUUUAAUCUCACCAUGGACGGAAACUCUCAGAAUCAGCUGAUCCUGGGAGUGAUGGGCGUGGACGUUCACCUGGACGAACUGAAGAGGCUCGCGCCGCGCUAUAACCUUGGAGCCAAUGGCUACAUUUUUGCCAUCGACCCAAACGGAUAUCUGCUCCUUCACCCAAACCUGCAGACCAAGGUGGUGGACCUGCCUGAACCCAUGACUCUGGACUUCUUGGAUGCCGAAGUGGAAGACAGCAAUAAACAGGAGAUCCGAAGGCAGAUGAUAGACGGCCGAGCAGGAGAGCUGACCAUCAAGACUCUCGUCAAGUCGAUGGACGAGCGCUAUAUCGAUGAGGCAGUACGGACGUACGCGUGGACCCCCAUCAACGACACUGACUACAGUCUGGGCUUGGUAUUGCCUUCAUACAGCGAGUAUUACAUCCAGGCUGACCUGAGUGACGUCAUGCUCCAACUGCAGUAUCUGCAGUCUCUGCUGCCCAGCACUUUCGAGACAGACGGACAUGUUUUCCUGGCCCCGAGAGAAUACUGCAAGCACCUGCACAUCGCCGAGAACAACACCCAGUUUCUGGAGAGCUUCCUGUCACUGAUGGUGGAGAUCACACCAGAGACAGAGGACUGUGACCAAGGCCUGAUUCACAACGCCAUUUUGGAUUCGGGGAUCAUCUGGCAGCUGGCCUCCAAGACUUGGAAGAACAAGGACCUGAACACGUAUGGCUUCCUGGCGUUGUUUGCGUCCACUGAUGGAGGUCUCACCAGAGUGUAUCCAAACUCAGCAGCGGAAUCUUGGGAUGAAGACUUAGAGCCUCUGAAUUCCAACUUCUACCGCCGCAGUCUGGACAAUAAGGGCUACAUCUUCAGAGCCCCAACUCGCACAUCCUUGGAGGACUCUUUGAUCACAGAGAACGGCACGGUGGGGAUCCUCGUCUCAACUGCUGUGGAGGUUACGGUGCAAGGCAAAACCCUGAAACCAGCAGUGGUUGGGGUUAAGCUGGAUUUGGAGGCGUGGGUCGACAAGUUCAAGAUUCUGGCCAGCAACGUUUCUGACAGCAGGCAAGGCUCUCACAAGUGUGGUCCUUCCAGAUCCUGUGAGAUGGACUGUGAGGUCAACAGUGACGAUCUGCUCUGCUACCUGAUUGAUGAUGGAGGCUUUCUGGUGAUGUCUAAUCAGAGAGACCACUGGAAAAGGGUUGGUUUGUUUUUCGGAGAUGUAGAUCCCUACCUAAUGUACGCGCUCUAUAAUAACUCCAUCUACGCCCGAAGGCAGACGUUCCAGUACCAGUCGACAUGUGAGCCCACAGCCAGCAGCCGCACGGGAGCAGCACCACGCCACUACAUCGUGCCCUCCGUCGCUGACUUGCUCAAUUUGGCCUGGUGGACAUCUGCGGUCGCUUGGUCUGUACUGCAGCAGCUCUUCUACGGCCUUGUGUACAACACCUGGUUUAACAUGGGUGAUUUUGCUUUUGCUGAAGGUACAGAGAGCAGAGGAAGCAGCAGCUGUGUGACUAUUCAGAGCCAGUUCUUCUUCACCAACACCACCAACUCAUUCAACGUGCUGCAGGACUGUGGAAACUGUUCCAGAUUAUUCCAUGCCAAAAGGAUAGAAAACACCAACCUGCUGUUCGUGGUGGCCGAAACGCUUCCCUGCAGCUCCUGCGAGAUUGAAAAGCUUACACAAGUCAGGAUGGAGUUUCAGGAGGAAAUUCCCUGUGAAGUGUUGAGCUCUGCCCGAUAUCGGAAAGGACCUGAGAAGUGCUUUGAUUACAAUGCUAUGGAGAACACGUCGGCGUGUGGGCAGGCUCACUCUUUGCGCUGUCCAAUCGGGAUCCUCAUCUGGGUCCAGUUAACAUUGCUUUACCUCACUGUUCGAUCUUAAGCCUCUCUCUUCACCCUGCUCCUGUCUACCCUCGUAAAACUUCCAUAAUCCCUGCGGCUUCUUCGCUCUUAUUCUCCUCUUCAGUGCUUCUUUUCGCUUCUGCUGUCUUCCCAGAAUUCCCUUGGUCCUUUUGCCCUAUUCUGAAGUGCUUUGAUAUUCUCAACACAUCCAGAUGGGUUGAUUGAGAUGCUGUGUGUCUUAGUAACCUGUCGUUGUGCAUAUCUUCUACAGACUAUUCUGGGUCUGGGUCUUGUAUUUAAGGAGAGUUUUUAAAAAAAAUAAUAAUUUUGCUAAACAGGUUGCCGUAAAUGCAAAUAAUGUAAGUGUGCGUCAAACCUGCUCGCCAAAUCUGGCGCUAUAUAUGUGUGUGUGUGUGUGUGUGUGUAUGUGUAUAUAUAUAUAUAUAUAUAUAUAUAUAUAUAUAUAUAUAUAUAAUAUAAUGUGUGUGUAUGUGACAACAGGAGUGUUGGAUCUUGACCAGUGUUUACAAUCAUGCUUAUAGUUUAGUUUAGUCUUUUUUUUGGCUACACGUCUUGAUCUGUAUUAGCGUUGCUAUCAUACCAGGGCUUUGUGGUUGUGGAGUUUUAAAUUUGUCCCUUAUUAUGUCCAUAUUCUCUGCUUGGAGGUAUAAUGACAUUUAAAAACAAAAAGAUACAAGAAUGUCUAAAAGGCAUAUUGUGUGCACAAAUCUAAAUGACUGCCUGGUUUACUACCCAACAGUGCCUUGGUGCACUUAGUCCUCCUAUUGGAUAGACACAAGGUACGGAACAUGAGUUUGGCCAAUCCUGAGUGAAAGUCAGAAGAGUGAUUGGUUAUAAAUGCUCCAAGUACCAUGAAAAAUCCUUGAAAAAUAAUAGUAAUAAUAUCGCUGCCCUUCAUUUCAGUACUGUUGAGGACUUCCCCUCAAGACAAGUCUGUACCACGUAGGUCACAAAAAAUGGGCUGGAAAUUCUAUAAGUUGUCAUGAAUUAAUGGAGUUUUAUUCUACUUCAUGAAAGUAGAACAUUAAGUAAUUUCUAAACUUCUUCCUUUACCAUUUUUUGCAUGUUCUGAUUUUGCCAUAUGAGGAACUGAUUAGCCAUGGUAUGACAUUAUCACUAACCAUUUUUUCCCCGGUUUGACAUCCUGCUCAGCAUAACAGAUUAACAGAUAACCGAUUUUAACCCCAUACAAUAAUAGAAUAACUAUUAUACUUGGCUAGCUGUGUAAUGUCAGAACACCACUGCAGUUGAUGUAAAGUCAACGUUGCACAGUGUUCAAAUCUGUUAGGUCGAGUUAGCUAGAGUUUUCUGCUGUGUUACAUCAAAUAUAUGAAAAAGUAUGUUAGUGGCGAUGCAAUCAGUUUGCAAUUGGCUGAUCAAAUUUAACUUCCCCCUUUGUUAACCCAGGAACACUUAUCAUAGUCAUCCAACACACUUGAGCUGAUAAAAUAAUGUAAAGGUCCAUAAAGUAGCAUGGGGCUACUGAGUGACCUCAGAAUUGUUAAUGAGGGUGCCUUAAAACCAGUAUUUGGGUGUCGAGUAUUGAAAGUUUGCUAGGACAUUAAUUAAUAAUAGGGUUGUUUUUUUUGUAUCCUGGUCUUGUUGAUGAUAUCACCUGGAACAUUAAUACUACAUUGAUCUCUUCAACAGUGGCUCUCUCACUUCCUCAUCUAACGCACAUCUGUAAACUUCCCUUGAGCUAAUAAAGUGAGAUGCUUUAAAAUGGCAUGUGGUGAGGGGAAGUCAAUGAGGGUGUGUUAAAAAACAUAAAAACUACACUCACUGAGCACAUUAUUAGGAACACUAUGCUAAUAGUAUAGUAUCUCAAAUCUUCAUGGCAUGGAUUCCACAAGAUGUUGGAAACAUUCCUAUGAGAUUCUGGUCCAUGUUGACAUGAUGACAUGCAUCAUACAAUUCCUGCAGAUUUUUCAGGUGCACUUUCAUGCUGCGAAUCUCCCGUUGUACCACAUCCCAGUCACCUGGAAAGACCACUGAAGAACACUGAACUCACUGUCAUGUUCAUGAAACCUGUUCGAGAAGACUUUUGCUUUGUGAUAUGAUGCAUUAUCAUGUUGGAAGUAGCCACUAGAGGAUGCUAACUUGUGGCCAUGAUGGGAUGCACUCGAUCAGCUACAAUACUCAAGUAGGAUGUGGCACUCAAGCGAUGAUUGAUCGGGAUUAACGAGUCCAGAGUGUGUCAUGUAAACAUUCUCCACAUCAUUACACCACCUCCACCAGUCUGGACUGUUGACACAAGGCAGGUUGGGUCCAUGGAUUCAUGCUGUUGGCACCAAAUUCUGACCCUUCCAUCUGUGUCCUUCAGCAGAAAUCGAAAUUCAUCAAACCAGGCUACGUUUUUUCCAGUUUUCAACUGUCCAGUUUGGUGAGUCUGUGCCCACUGCAGCCUCAGCUUUCUAUUCUUGGCUCACAGACCUAUGUGGUCUUCUGCUGUUGUAGCCUAUCUGACUCGAGGUGUGACAUGUUGUGCAGUUUGAGAUGCUUUUCUGCUCACCACAAUUGUACAGAGUGGUUAUCUGAGUUACUGUAGCCUUUCCGUCAGCUCGAACCAAUCUAGCCAUUCUCCAUUGACCUCUCUCAUCAAGAAGGCGUUUCCGUGCUCAGAACUGCCAAUCUGUACGUUUUUCUUUAUUGCACCGUCUGAGUAAACUCUAGAAACUGUUGUGUGAAAGUCCCAGGAGAUCAGCGGUCAUAGAAAUACUCAAACCAGGCCACCUGGCAACAACAAUCAUGCCACUGUCAAAAUCACGAUCAUAUUUUCCCCCAUUCUAAUGGUUUAUGUGAACAUUACUCGAUGCACUGCACUUUUAUGCACCGCACUGCUGCCACACGAUUGGCGGCUAGAGAGGUGCAUGAAUGAGUAGGUGUACAGGUGUUCCUAAUAAAGUGCUCAGUGAAUGUAUAUGUUGUAUAGCUCCAUGCUCCCUAUUACAAAGUCUGGGUUCUCACCUCAUGCUUCUCUCUGUGUGUAGGAAAGCGAUCUGCUCAUUUGCACGCGUUGUAUUCAUGUAAAUAUGAAGCUUCAGAACUAUGCUUAUCUUACAGAGUUGUGACUUUUUUUGAUGAGACGAAUGUGUUGUUUUCUCUGUGCAUGAUGGGAAAGUGUCUGUGCGACUGAUGAUUCCAGGGCUAAUACCAAAAUGGUUUCCAUUUCAUUAUGCAGUGCACUGUAGGGCCUAAGGCUAAGCUUUAAUAGCCACUCAACACCCUGUUUAGUGCAUUAGAUGUCAGAUAGGGAGCCAUUUCAGAGCACAAAACUUAUUCACAGAGCAACAGUUGCAGCUUGGAAACUGCCCAAGACAUGAUAAUGUACGUAAAAAAAAAGAAUAAAAAAAGAUUUUUCGUCAUUUUUAAAAGCUUUUUUGAGAUGUGAGAUGAGAUACUGCAUGGAAAUAUAUAUUAACUCGAAGGUUAUUUUUUCAACAUUGAGUCAUGCCAAUGUUUUAUUUAAAUGUGUUAUUUAUGGUAUGAGAUUCCACAGAUUUAAUUCAGGCAGAAGGAGAUAUAAUCAGUAUUUGGUCUUAAUAGAACGAACGGUGACAUUUUGCCUCAGCUCUAGUAGAGAUUUGAGCUUAAAGGGGUGACAGUUAGUCAGUUUUUCUUCAAUCAUGAUCUUUGAUUUCAUUUGAUGGUUUGUGUAAAUUUUCACUUGAAUUUUGUGUUGAGAUGUUUUAAUAUUUACAAUGUUUGAAUUAAUAUCUUUAGAUAAUUUAAAGGUGUAAAUGGAGCAUCUGAGAAAGUAUGAAUGACAGCAUGAUAUAACUUUGUAUGGCUUUGAUUUUGCUUGGUGUUGGUAUUUUAUUAAAAAGGCUAUUUUAAAUUAGUUAUUUAUUUGCCACUUAUGAAAGUAUGUAUACCGUCAUUAUAAGCUUUUAGAAUAGCAAUGGAUUUAUUAAUGUGAACAGGUGUUUGUCUCCCUCUUUAUUUUAUCUUCUAUUUUUUGCUGCUGUGAGGGGGAUUUUUGUUUUUGUUUCUUCAGUCUUCCGUAUUGUUCGUUUUGUACAGAUAGCACAAAAAUGUCUUGAAGCACUAACUUUGUAUCAUAUUAUGUCAUUCACCUCUUAGAAAUUGGAAAAAGAAAAUGUUUAUAAGAGAAUUGGUGAUAAAGAUAUUCAUAUUUUUCACGUCAAA